CUUAAAACAUUUGUUUUGUAUAAAAUCUUUAAAAAACGGAUGUUAAAAAUAAUUUAUAAAUAAGUAAUAAUACACAUUAAACAUGACAUCGUUCUAUGAAAGACAGAAGAGUCUCUUUAAUACAUUGAAAGAUGCAGAAGAACAAUAUAGUUUUUCGAAAUCCAACAAAGCUUCAGAAUCACAAGACUAUGGUGUUAUUGAUAAACAGAGAUAUAGAAAACUAAAACGAGAAAUGAAACAAUUCAGAGGUAGAGAGAGCAUUUAUAAACGCCAAGAUGCUAAUAUCCGCGAAUGUUUACGAUCUAAAACAGUUCCACAAUACAUGAAAGAUCCUCAGAACUGGGUGUACUAUUCUUUGUCUGAUGUUACACCAGAUCAAAUGUCAGAAUCGACGAACACGGCUACGGCUCUUGCUUUUAUUCGAGAAAUGGAAGAUAGAGAUACAGACAACUUUCUAACUGUUACUGAUGAAACUGGAGCAGUUUUCAAGAAACCCAUGUUUCAGAUAUCAAAGACUAUUAAGUCUAAUGCAGAGGUAGAGCAAAAGGUUGCCUUUAAAAGUAGUAAACUAAUAAUGCCGGAAUAUGUAGUAGGUGUCACUCGGAAUAAAAGAAAGAACCAGAAUAAGGUAAAUAAAAUAGUGGAAAACUCUGAUAAUGAGAAAAAAGCUGAACUUAAAUUAAACCAUCUUUAUGAUGCAGAAGAAGACUGCAUUAGUGAUGAAUUAAUUGAGUAAAUAAAUUUAGUUAUAAGAAAUAAUCUAUUUUGUAUUUAAGCUUUUUAUUACUGUUGUAUAUGAGGAAAUAUAAUGAACUCCUCUUUUUUUAAUUAAAUGUGUACUUGAGUACACUACAUUCUUA